GUACAGUCUAUCAACCUGACAAUAACUGAAACCAAACCAGUCAGACUUAGGUCUUGGGUGUAAUAAGCAGGAAGAAAAUCGCACAUCAUAACCAUCAAACAAACAGAGGGAUUCACUAUGACCUAGGCAACGAAGUUGUGGGCACAUACUGUUGUGGCGGGUUGGACUGGAAUGUGCUUUGGAGAUUACUUAUUGGCCCAGUAAUGCAUUUCAUUGUUGUCCACAAGAUACAGUAAUACCUCUACUCUGAUGUAAAGAAUUACUGCUCCAGACGUCAUGGCUUAGGAAUUGUUCAACUGUUUUCUGUAAUGCAUUUGGCUACUCACCACUGUGGCUAAUGAUUGACAGAAGUUUUACAGUAACCAAGUUAUUUAUCAGGAAGAGACAUAUCAACCUCAACGUAUCCAGACAGAUUGGUAUUUGUGCAAUGAGACUGAUCAGAAAACAUUUAUUUAUUUUUUAGAGUAAACAAUUGUACAGUUAAUAAAGGACAAAUCAAAUAGAGAAUAACGCAAGAAUGUUUUUUUUAUACAACACUUGUUUUCAGUGUGGGUCUCAGGCUUUCAAGCUGCCCACUUGACAAAACUAGAAAUAUUGGUAUGGCUGCAUACCAAUCGUCAACAUGACGUUAAUAGCAUGUGGCUAGACUGUGCACAUACCUCUCUUUAGUCCAGGCCUGUCGAACAAAGUGUUCUUUUAUCACGUGUCCAUGUCAUGUAAGAUAUCCGUAGAUAACACAUAUCUAGAGAAUGCAGUUUAAGAUAGUGCCGUGUUCCAGGCCGACUGCAUUGCGGACGCCGAGCUGCCAGAUCUCACAAAGUAAUAAUAGGUAAGUAAUAAUAAUAAUACAAAGUAAUAAUAGGAGCAGAUAGAGAGAAAUAAGUUGGUUAUGAGUCUCAGUUUUACAGAGUUUAGUUCUCAUCUGGUGGUCAUGCUAACGUGUAUGUUUCAGCUUGUCAACAUGACACUCCCUUAUAGACCUACUGGUUGUUCUGGAGAUGAGUUGGUUCAGGUUUUUCUGUGACUCUGUAGGACUUCCCACCCAUCCGAAGAGGCGAUGUGACAGACAUUGUUGAAAAGAUGUUGAAGGUCUACAAUGAUGAAGGAUCCAACUGCAUGUGCUGAGUAAAAUCCGCUGUAAUGGAACACAGCGGUGAGUGGAGCUGGAGGGCAGGUCUGAACGAGCAUCAGUCCAGCUGUUCAGUGUGUGAGCAGGGGCUGAGAGACCCCGUUUCUUUUAACUGUGGACACAGAGUGUGCAGACAGUGCAUCGGCAGCUACAGGGACCAGCCUGCUCCAUCAGGAGACUCUGGCUGCCCCGAGUGUGGAAAGAGAUCCAGAACACAUUCUGAACCGAACCUACUACAACAACAUGGUAUUAGACACCAAGAAAAAGACCAGCAUGUUGAGGAGCAUAGAGUAGUUUCUAUCCCAACCUCCAUUAGAGCUCAGGAUGGAAGCACUAUCAUCGCCCCAUUCAUCUACAACUCUACUGUAAGAGACAUCAUCAUCACUGUGCCAAAAACAGAAGCCCCACAUAGCUGUUCCACACAACAAGUGAAUGAUAUUCUCAAGACAUACAAAGCCAGUCUGAGGAAGAAGUUUGCAUUGGUGUUAGAAGGCACCGCAGUAGAUCAAACUCCCCUUAAUAGGAUUUACACACAGCUCUACAUCACACAGGGAGAGUGUGAAGGGGUUAAUAAAGAACAUGAGGUUCGGCAGAUUGAAUAUACAUCCAGGAGAAAAACAUCACCAGACACCCCUAUCGACUGUAAUAACAUUUUUAAACAAUCACAUGGAGAAGAGGAACCCAUAAGGACUGUGCUGACGAAGGGCAUCGCUGGAAUCGGAAAAACGGUCUCAGUGAAGAAGUUCAUCGUGGACUGGGCAGAAGGACAAGCCAAUCAAGAUGUAGAUUUCAUAUUUGUGCUACCUUUCAGAGAGCUGAAUCUGAUUAAAAACCAAUGCAGUCUUCAUGGACUUUUAAAUGGCUUUCACCCUGAACUUUCUGGGAUAGAAGAUGUAAAGAACUACACUGAUGGUGAAGUUCUGUUCAUCUUUGAUGGUCUGGAUGAAAGCAGACUUCCCUUGGAUUUCCAAAACAACGAGACACUGUUUGAUAUGACACAGAUCUCAUCAGUAGACGAGUUGCUGACUAACCUCAUCAAGGGGACUCUGUGUCCCAAAGCGCUCCUCUGGAUAACCUCCAGACCAGCAGCAGCAAAUCAGAUUCCCCGCGACUUGGUCAGCCGGAUUUCAGAAGUACGAGGAUUCACUGACACGCAGAGAGAAGAAUACUUUAAGAAGAGAUUCGGUGAAGGGAAACUAGCCAACAAAAUCAUAACACAUGUAAAGACAUCAAGGAGCCUCCACAUCAUGUGCCACAUUCCAGUCUUCUGUUGGAUCACUGCAAAGGUUCUAGAGGAUGUGUUUUGUAGACAGAGAAAUGAGAGAGGAGAGAUCCUUACAACUCUGACUGAGAUGUACGCUCACCUCAUGGUCAUUCAGAUAAACCUGGCAAAUGAAAAGUAUCAGGGGCAGAAUGAGAGGGAUAGACAGAAGAUCUUGGAAUCAAAGAAAAUCUUCAUUUUGAACCUGGCACGAUUAGCAUUUGAACAGCUGCAAGAGGGCAAUAUCAUAUUCGACGAGGAAGACCUGAGAAACUGUGGGAUUGAUGUUAGUGAAGCCUCAACAUACUCAGAGUUUUGCACAGAAUUCCUGAAAGAAGAGUGUGGGUUGUAUUCAAAGGUGUACUGCUUUGUGCACCUGACCUUUCAGGAGUUCCUUGCUGCACUGCAUGUCUUUCACUGCUGUGUGAGCAACAACAUCAAGGCCCUUGAGUCUUUCCUGGAGAAUACUUCUGCAGCGCUUCCCUUGCAUGAGUUGCUGAAGAUGAUGGUGGACAAAGCCAUGAAUAGUCUAAAUGGACACCUGGACCUAUUCCUCCGCUUCCUUGUUGGCAUAACACUGGAUUCCAAUCAGAGAUUGUUGCAAGGCCUACUGCCAAAGACAAAGAUCAGCUCAGAGACUGUUGAGGAGAUUAGAAAAUACCUCAAGAAUCCUGGUGCACAUCAUGUGUCACCUGAAAGGUACAUCAACCUUUUCCUCUGUUUGACUGAGAUGAAGGACAAUUCAGUUCAGGAGAACGUUCAGAAGUUCCUUGAGUCUGGAGAAGAACUGUCACCUGCUGACUGCUCAGCACUGGCCUAUGUGCUUCUGAUGUCAGAGGAGGUGCAGGAUGAGUUUGACCUGGUGAAAUACAACACAUCAGAGGAGGGGCAUGACAGACUGCUCCCAGCUGUAAGAAACUGCAGAAAGGCAAUACUGUCUGGCUGUACUCUUUCAAAUCAGGUCUGUGACACACUGGCCUCCAUUCUCCAAUCUGCAUACUCACCUCUGAGAGAGUUGGACCUGAGGAACAGUGAGCUGUUUGAUGAUGGAGAGUUUAUACUUUUUGCUGGACUGGAGGAUCCACACUGCAAACUGGAGACACUGAGACUUACUGGCUGUGGCAUCACAGGGGAGUCUUGUGAAAUAUUGGUCUCUCUUAACUUAUCUCUUAUUGAGUUGGACCUGAGUUACAACAGACUGAAGGAUUAUGGAGUGAAGCUGCUUGCUGCUGGAUUGUUGAGCCUACACUGUAAACUGGAGAAACUGAGGCUGAAUAGAUGUUGUCUGACAGAAGACUGUUGUGAAGAGUUGGCCUCAGCUCUCAGCUCAACCUCCUCUCACUUGAGAGAGCUGGACCUGAGUCACAAUGACCUGCAGGAUUCAGGAGUGAAGUUGCUCUCUGCUGGACUAGGCCAUCAAAACUGUAGACUAGAGAUACUGAGGCUGUCAUUCUGUAAAGUCACAGAGGAAGGCUGUGCUGUUCUGGCUUCAGCUCUGUGGUCAAACCCCUCCCACUUGAGAGAGUUGGACCUAAGCUUCAAUCACCCAGGAGACUCAGGCAUGAAGCUUCUUUCUGCUAAACUGGAGGAGGCCCAUUGUAAUCUCAAUGUGGACCAUAAUGAAGAGAUCUGGAUAGAACCACAGCUGCUUAAGAAGUAUGCCUGUGAGCCCACUCUAGACCUAAACACAGUAAGCAGACUCCUAUCUCUGUCUCAAGGAAACAGACAGGUGACAGGGGUUCGACAGCAGCAGCUGUAUCCUGACCACCCCGAGAGAUUUGACUGUCCACAGGUGCUGUGUACAGAGGGUCUGAGUGGGCGCCAUUACUGGGAGGCAGAGGGGAGUGGGCACUUGACUGUCAUAGGAGUGGCAUAUAAAGGAAUCAGCAGAAAAGGAAAUGGUCGUGUCUGUAAGCUUGGAUCCAAUGGCAAUUCCUGGUGUCUUGCCUGCUCUAAGUACCAUGACUCUGCCGACUACAAUAAUGAAACCACUAAAAUAACCUCCCCUCCAAAGCUAUCUGAGCAAAACAAGAGAGUAGGAGUGUUUUUGGACCAUCCUGCUGGAACUGUCUCCUUCUAUGAGGUCUCCUCUGACACAAUGACCCACCUUUACACUUUUCAGACCACAUUCACUGAGCCCCUCUAUCCAGCAUUUGGAAUCCAGAGUACAAACUCCUCAGUGUCUUUUGAGGUUGCCAGUAAUCCUGUAGAGGCUAAGAGGCCAUCGGUGGAAGAAUUUCAAGAAAUGGGUGGUAUUUCCUUAAUUGGAGGAGUUCUUCAUAAAGAUCUUUUCCAUUACAGAAACUGAAGAAGCACAAAUGUUUCGCUAUUGCUAAUUUGACACAAUGAUUGUGGUAGACGUUUCAAUCGUAAGGUGACCCUGAAGAAAUCACAAUAACAUUCACAAGAGGGAAAGACGUCUGCAUUGUGAAUUUGAAUUUUAGUUUUCUUGCAAGUGAAAAAACAACAGCACUACAGCACAGAGAAAGAGGAUAAAAACGUGAGAGUCAACGUGAAAAUGUGUUGAUUACAACAAGAUUUAAGAGCAUGUUAAACCUUACAGCUUUAGGAAAAUACCACCUACGGACCAUAGUAGCUGCUGUAGGGCACAGCUGGAUUGAAUAGGCAGGUAUAGUUUCAGGUAUAAAUGUCUUAAUGCUAGAAGUAGAGGAAUAUUGUUGAGACCUAAUUUCCAAGAGUAUGUACAGUAUUUACCUUCACCCACUGUUUCCGGACAGAGCCACUAUCCUCUGUUCUCUUCUGUUAAAGAAUAAGGUUCCUUGUUUGGAUAUUAAAAUAUGUCCCAUCUAGGCUACUUUAGCUGAGUUUACACAGGCAGCCCAAUUUUAAUAUUUUGACCAAUCAGAACAUUGCCAGUAAUUGGACAAAUGAUUAGAAUUGGACUGCCUUUGUAAACUUAGCCUAAGGCUCUGUGUUUUAAACUAGCUUAAAUAUUGUUAGAAAUUAUGCUCUAAUGCUUUAUUAAAGCUAUUUUUAAACAUAAUUUUAUAAACCUUUAUUUGCUUAUUAUUCCUAUUGUUUCCAAAGAUAUCUCCCAUAAGUGUUCAAUUAGGUUGAGAUCUGGUGACUAAAAAAGCCAUGGCAUAUGGUUGAAAUAAUUUUCAUGCUCAUCAAGCCAUUCAGUGACCACUCAUGCCCUGAAGAUGGGAGCGUUGUCAUUCUAUGGGGCAGAGCCAUAGUAGCCAAAAUAAUGGCCUGCCCAGCAUUUUUAUACAUGACCCUAAGCAUGAUGGGAUGUUAUUUGCUUAAUUAACUCAGGAACCACACCUGUAUGGAAGCACCUGCUUUCAAUAUACUUUGUAUACCACAUUUUCUCAAUUGUUUUCAUUAUUUUGUCAGUUACCGCUAUGUUUCCACAAUCCCAAUGUAACUUCUCAGUCCUUCACAUUAAAGACCUUUGGCUCCAUCUGCUGGCUUCUGGAAAAUAAAGCAUUGCCAAAACAA